AGAUGAUUUCGCAGCUCAUUCUUGCCAGCUCACUGAUCUCAUUGGCUCACACCGCAUGCUUGUUGGACUCGGAUAGACAGUUUGGGAAUUCGUGCUACAUAUUUGUGAAUCAACGGAUGGAUUUUGAUUCGGCCGAGAACAGCUGUAGAAGACAACCACAGAUAUGGGCGAAUUUGGCAAAAAUCGAUAAUGUAAUUGAAUCGAACUAUCUUGCAAGAACCGCCGCCACAAUCUUCGGAAUGGAGCACGGAAGCUUCUGGAUUGGAGUCUACCGGCCAACCGUCUACGAUCCGUUCAAGACCAUGGAUGGUAGAUACUGUCAAUAUACACAUUUCAAGAACGCAAAUCCAUCGAUGGACUAUGCCGCUGAAAGUGUGACCGACGGGUAUUGGUCAACAUUUUCCAAGGAGACCCGAAUGCCGUUUGUAUGCUAUUACCCGGCAAGUGAAGCCUACGCUUCUACGAUGUCUUCGGAUUGGCUGGAAAAUUUGAGAAAAACUAAAGAAGAGAAAUAAUUUUUGUUUUUCCGAGUUUUUCCUGGAGUUUCGGAAUUUCAAUUUUGAAUUUCACAAUAAACGGAUGUAAAUACC